UUUUUAUUUAUAAAGCGCUUUACAUCAACGAGACAAUAAGUGCUUGUUGACUCUACAUAAAUGUUUGCACGAGACAAACACUUGAGCGUGACGUGCGGGGGGAGCGCGCCCUGCAUGACGUCAUUGUUUCGUGCAGCAGACUGAAUGAGCAGCUGUGUGUACACUUCAGUACAGCAGGGCCUGCGCAACGCACAGCGCUGACAAGGAAUCUAUGAGGAGGAUUUUUCUACAUGUUAUCAACACGGAGAGGUAAUCGUGAAACAUGGAGGGAGGACAUUUCGGCUACUCCCGGGAUUAUCUCGACCGCUUCAUCCAGAGCCAGGACUCGUCCGUGGUGAACAAGUUCCAGCAGAAAUACUGGAAAACCAAACAGACGCUCAUCAAGGUGACCGGGAAGAAAGAGGACGAACAUGUGGUGGCGUCAGAUGCCGACCUGGACGGCAAGUUGGAGGUCUUCCACUCCAUCCAGAGGACAUGCAUGGAGCUGCUAAAGGUCAUCGAGCAGUACCAGAGGAGGAUCUGCUUUCUGUCCCAAGAGGAGAACGAGUUGGGUCGUUUUCUGCGCUCACAGGGCUCGCAGGACAAAACCAGGGCGGGAAAGAUCAUGCAGGCAACUGGGAAAGCGCUCUGCUUCUCCUCUCAACAGAGAAUGGCUCUGAGGAACCCUCUGUGCCGUUUGUACCAGGAGGUCGAAACGUUUCGCUAUCGAGCGAUCUCAGACACGUGGCUGACGGUGAACCGAAUGGAGCAGUCCAGGACCGAGUAUCGAGGAGCGCUGCUCUGGAUGAAGGACGUGUCUCAGGAGCUCGAUCCAGACACUCAAAAACAGAUGGAAAAGUUCCGCAAGGUUCAAGCCCAGGUGCGCACAACCAAAACAAGCUUUGACAAACUGAAGAAUGAUGUGUGCCAGAAAGUCGACCUGCUGGGAGCGAGUCGCUGCAACCUCCUCUCUCACGUUUUAACCACAUACCAGACGACUCUUCUGCACUUCUGGGAGAAGACGUCUCACACCAUGGCAGCCAUUCAUGAGAGCUUCAAGGGCUGUCAGCAUUAUGAGAUCUCCUCACUAAAGACAUUAAGAGACCCCGUGGAGAAGCUAGCUAAGAAGAAAGGGAAGAAGAAAUUUAAAGUGGAGAAAGAAGACGCAGAGAAAGCUGAGACCACAGACAACCAACUCAUUUCACUGAACGAAAACACCAGCGAUAAGACCCAAGAAGGGGAUGCAGACUCCUUCUCUAACUAUCCAGACCUGGAGGGAGAGGAGAAGGACAGCAUGGCCUUACUGAAUGAGAUCCUGGGCAGCAUGUCUGUGGACGAGGGCGACUUCUCUCGAGAGUGGACCGAAGUUUUCGGAGACAACGAGGAAGGAACGAGCGCAGCGUCGGGUGGACGAGUAGACGCCGAGCAAAGGGAAGAGUCCUUCUUUCUACCAUCUCAGCUGUGGGACCAGAGCUUGAAUAAUCCGCAGUCUUCCAUGUCAGAUUGGGCUGGGAUCAGUCCACAGCCCGUCGCCGAGGCAACCGAGCACUCAUCUGGAGCCAAUCAGAAUCCUCCUAAGCAGACGGUGAAAGAGACGACAGCAGGGACAUCCAAAGACCUCUCGGCGUGGUUCAACCUGUUUGCCGACCUGGACCCCCUCUCCAAUCCUGACGCGGUGGGAAAAACUGACAGGGACCACGAGCUUCACAACGCGUAGUUCUUCCUCGGCGCCACAGUGAUUACAAAAUAGCGGCUACCGUUGUGAGCGGCAGCAGCAGAAUAAAGCUGCUACCAGCGCAGGGAGAAAAAUCACAUGAGCAGCCAACACACAGUCGUCAUGACUACAGAGUGAAAUAAUAAGACAAGUGAUCAAUCAGCCUCUCACUCAUUUUAACUCCAGUGGUGGAAGAAGUACUCACAUCUUUUACUUUAGUUCAGAUUCGCAACGCCUCUGUGUAAAAAAGCUUGGUUACAAGUCAAAGCCGUGCAUUUGAAGUCACACUUCACGAACAGUAUUUAUAAUGCAGAAUGGGAUCUCAAGAAUAUCAUUCACCUCAGUGUUUGAUUACAUUUACUAACGCUUUAAUGAGCUCAUCUCUUGAAAGCUGCAACUGUUAAAAUCUGGGCUAAUUGGAAUUCAUUUUAUAACGCGAAUUUGUUUAAUUUCUUGAGUUUGUAGGGCUAUAAAGUUUAAUUUUAUUGGAGUACGAGUUUGGAACAAAAAGCCCUUUGACAUAAGCUGCCUUGGAAAAUCAGUCCUCGUAGCAUUCAUGCUUUAAAUUCUGACCUCCUUUACUUCUGAUUUCAAACGGGUGAAACUUCUUUGUGAGAUGCAAAGAGUGAAGAGAAAGCGAUCAAGACAAAGAUCACAGAGCAACGUGUUCAAGAAAGAAAGCAGAACAUGUUGAACUCAGCUACAGAGAAUUGUUAAAUCAAUUAAAUGGCGCUUAUUAUUUCGCAAUCCGUCAAACACUACACGGAGGCAAACCGAACAGAAUUGUGAGGAAAUAUUAGUCAUCAAAUUUAAAAAGGUGAAGUGGAUAUUUUGUUGUUUUUGAGAUUUGUUUGCUUCAUGCUGUAUUUCUAUCCCUUUUUUGGAGUUAAAGGCAGGGUUGGUAACUUUUGAGCUGGCAUGAUUUUGAAAGUAGCAUUCCCUCAGUGCUGUGUCUACACCCACCCCCUCCCCUCUGUGCUCCCUCAAAAGCCACACCCACUCACUUACAUGCAUGAGCGCAGACUUUGCUCCAGAAGUGGACCUCAGCUCAUCUCUUGUAUUGUUAAGAAACUACGUCGUCUCAUGUCUCAUUCUGCAGUAAGUAAACUCACAGUAUAAACUCCGUCAUCAGUGACGCCCUUUUGAGUCUGGGCUAGUGCACGCAAGAGGUAGAGAGCGAGCAGGGAGACAGGGAGGCGUCUGAUUGGUUCAUCAGAUUGGUACCUCAUGGC